AUGGCUACCUCACACGCUGCCAUCGUGAUCCUAUCCUUGCUCCGGUUGGCAUCAGCACAGUCUCAAGUGCACGCAAGGAUGAUGCCAAGUGAUCAUCCACGUGUGUAUGCCGAGGAGAGCAGUGCUAGCACUGGUUCUUCUUCAUCGUCGAUCUCCCAAGAUAUGCUUCGAGUGUUCGCGGCUUCGUCAACGACUCUUCAACUGGCCAAGAACAAGGCUGACAUCGCCACCGCUAACCGCAGGCGGAUCAUCCAGGUCGUCGAGGGAUCGGUUCCGAGCCCCGGCAUCGGCCACCACAAUUAG